CUGGUGCGGGGGGGCGGCGCGGCGGGGCAUGGCGCUGGUGACGGUGCGGCGGGCGGGGAGCUCCGCCGGGGGCCCCGCGGAGGAAGAUGCUCCCAGACGUGGACAGCUGCAGCGGCGGCAGAGCUUUGUCAUGGUCAAGGGGGCGGCACGGCUGCUGCCUGCAGAGGAGCCCUUCCCAGCUGAGCCCCCUCCGAUCGAGCCAGCCCCGGCUGAGCCCCCCACGGUUGAGGCCUCCAGCCAGGCCCCAGGACAGCAGGAGCRGCACCUGCACCUCAUGAUGCAGCUGCUGCGCCCCCAGGAUGCCAUCCGGCUGGCGGUGCGGCUGGAGUCAGCGCGGCCACGGCGGGUGCGGUACCUGCUGGUGGUGCGGCCGGAGGAGCCGGGAGCUGAGGUGGAGACGGCGCUGCUGGGAGUGGAUUUCGCCCACGAGGGGGCCACCCGCUGCACUCUGGGCAUGGUGCUGCCCCUCUGGAGCGACACCCAGGUGUUCCUCGACGGUGACGGGGGGUUCAGUGUGACAUCAGGGGGASAGACCCGCAUCUUCAAGCCCAUCUCUGUGCAAACCAUGUGGGCCGUGCUGCAGGAGCUGCACCGUGCCUGCGAGGACGCGGCCCGGGGCGGGCACAUCCCCGGCGGCCCCGCACUGGCCUGGGCCCGCGGCUACGCGGCGGCGCUGGGCUCGGAGCAGAGCUGCCUCAACGAGUGGCUGGCCAUGGCCGACCUCGAGUCCGUGCGCCCCUCCUCGCCCACGUCCCUCCGCCCAGCAAUGCCGGAGCUGUCGGAACAGGCGGUGCGAGCGCUGCUGCGGGACGUGAUGGCCACUGCCGAYCUGGAGAAUGUCACCUCCAAGGAGGUGCGGGAGGAGCUGGAGCGGCGCACGGGGCACAGCCUGGCCGAGCACAAGGAUUUCAUCGACAACGAGAUGCUGCUGGUGCUGGCGCAGAUGGAUCGACCUUCCCGGGUCUUCCCGCACCUCUUCCUGGGCUCCGAGUGGAACGCGGCCAACCUGGAGGAGCUGCAGCAGAAUAGGGUCACCCACAUCCUGAACGUGGCACGGGAGAUCGACAACUUCUUCCCGGCACUGUUCACGUACAUGAACGUGCGUGUGUAUGACGAGGAGGCGGCCCAGCUCCUGCCCCACUGGAACGACACCUUCCUCUUCCUGUCCCGUGUCCGGGCGGCGGGGGGCCGAGCACUGGUGCACUGCCGGAUGGGGCUGAGCCGCUCGGCCGCCACGGUGCUGGCCUACGCCAUGAAGGAGUUCGGCUGGUCCCUGGAGCGGGCACUGCGGCAUGUCCGGCACUGCCGGCCCGACGUCCUGCCCAACCCCGGCUUCAUGCGCCAGCUCGACUUCUACCAGGGCAUCCUCAAUGCCAGCCGGCACAGCAGCCUGUGGGAGCCCCGGGCGGCUGAGCAGGCAACACACGCUGAGGAGGACAUCGUGAGGGACACGAGUGGCCURUCCCCGCUGUCCUCGCCGCUGGUGUCCCCACAACCCCUUGAGGAGGAGGCAGCUAGCGGGGGGCUGCUGGGGGCCUCCCCGCGGCCCCGCAUAUCCCUGUGCGCCGUCAUGCGGAGCAUCAGCCUGCUGGAGUCCCCUGAACCCCCCGAGCUGCUGGGGGACCCUCUGGCCGGGGAGGUGUUUGAGGCCGUGGAGGGAGCAGGAGGUCCCUCGCCGAGGUCACGACCCUCGUCCCGCCCGCGGGGGGUGGUGCGCCAGGCCAGCCUGGAUGGCGGCCCUGCCCCCUUCGGUGACCACACCCAUACUGACAGCCACGCCCAGUGCCACACCCAGGUGCCUGACCRCGCCCACGCUGAUGAACCCACCCCCUAAUUUGUGGGGGGCAUAGGGCAGAGCCCCUUCGCUUCCAUGGCAGCACGGCGACGGAGCGGGGCCUACGGCUGGAGGCGCGGCCAGCGCCCCGCGCUCACUCUGGGGGUGGGAGGUACCUCUGCCUCAGCCCCCCACGCACAGACCUCCGACACCGCUCCUGCACUGGCAAUAAAGUGUAGAAAUGGCAGCCCCUGAUGGCUUUGUGCGGUGGGGUGCCG